AUGCGGGGUGGCGAGGGCACUGCAGUGCCUGGCGGCCACCAAGACGACGACUCGACGCCACUCCCACCGGCGGAGGACUACGUUGUGGAGCCGACGACAACGGAGGAGAUGCACGAACUCCUCGAUCUCAUCCUGCAAGCCUGCGAGCAUCUGCAGGAGUUGAUACACGAUCACCGCCCCGUCAUGCAGAGGGAGGUGGCGAAGCUUCGGAAGGCCUACUGGCUUGCCACAGGUGAAACGGGAAGGCUGCGCGGCCGCAAUGCGUCGGCCGAGUCCCUCUCCAGCGCCACUGACGGCAGCAGUGCAGGCACUCUACCCCCACUGACCGGCACGGAGGGCCCCAGGCGGCAGGACGCGAAGGCGGUCGCGUGCGAU